AUGGGGCAGCAGGCAGCCAAAUCGUUCGCGCCGUGCGUUGUUCGUGGCAAGGGGAACGGCCCAGAGGGCGACCAACAGCAACUAACCGUGUGCAUCCAAAGAGUAGAAAGGCUCCUGUCAGAUACGGAAACGUUGAAGCGAGAGUGUGAUGCCCACUUUCGCCGAGCCGGUCUCGAUGCACACGGGGCGAUGAGGCGCGUCGAGCUUCGAAGGCUGCUUUGGACAUUUGCCCACAGCCUUGGCUCCACAGAGUUGACGUGGGAAGCCAUCGAGGCAUUCGCCGUCACAGGCACCUUAGAAGCAAGUGUGCCUGUGGUCACGGAGGACGAGUUUUACAGGUGUGUGACCAAAACAGUCCAUUUGGUCGCGGCAGAGCUGCGACGCAAGCUGCAAGAGGCGGAAGCAAAGCUGCAUCCAACCCCGCAGCGCCCGCCGAUGCAGGUGCAUCGAGAGUCUAGCGCGACUCCGAAGACUCCUUCGAGGCAUUCCACUCCUUGGGCCGCGCUAGCUGAGCUGAGUGGCAGUGAUGCAGAGUCACCGGUGUCUUCGCAAGCAUCUCAUGGUUCGCAGGUCGAAGAGAAGCUAGCCGGCGCGACUGCCCAGGAGCACCUUGUCGUGCAAGAUGUGAUCGAGCAGAAGUCGUUUUUCCGACCAGCCCCUUGGGAAUUCGAGGGCCAGUCGGCUCCUGAUCAGUGCCUUCAGACACACCAGGAUACUCCAGGGGUCAACGGCAUGACUGUGUUGGUUCUCAGCAACGAGGGCAGCUUUGACCCACACAGCUUGCUCGUGAAGGGGGGCAUGCUAGUACUGUCGUCGCCGGUGGCGGAGGCACGCACAGGACUGGGAAUGUUCGCAGCCAGUGAUGGCAGCAACUCCUUUGACCUCUCGCUUCUGGAAACGAUUGUUUGCGGUGCUGCAGUGGCCCACACCCCGGCAGCCGCAAUGAUCCCAGGUGUGGUCUGGAAGACUCCCGAGUCAACGGCACGAACCGUGGUCCUGUUCUUUGCAGCAGAGACAGCGCUCUGCCUGUGGUUCCAGGAGGUGCACCACUGUACCCUUUGCUGUGAAGCUCUGCGCAAUGAGGCGCGAGCUUAUGGCACCGAGCCUCUUUGUGAUGGGCUCCAUGCCUGA